AUGCGGUGGUUGAAGGCAGCUUGCUGGGCACUGCUGGUGCUACCGGCAACCUGCAAGGAACUGUCAGAGGUUCCAAUCCGCGAGGAGAUAAUACAAGAACUACCGCAGGCCCAGGAUCCCGAUCUCAUCAACUAUGACGAUUACAACCCUACUUUCGAAGAAGAUGAAAAUGCUGUCAUAGGCGAUAGAUUCCGUGAACCAUCAAGCACCACGCCGCCUUACCGAAGACCUACUCCGGCAAGAACGGUUAGACCGACUCCCAAAUGUGUGGACAUUGGUCGGACGUGGAAUGAGGGAGAGAACUGGAAGCGGGACAACUGCACCCUCUGCCAGUGCCACGCUGGACGUGUCAACUGCUCCACCAUACCUUCCUGUCUUACUUCUACUCCGACAAGACCAGUGUUAAUCGGCGCAGCGGCUCAACCAACGACGCCGGUGCGCGGAUCUGUUGGCUUGCAAGGAGACGAUGGACCGCCCGGCCCGCCCGGACAGCCUGGCGUCAACGGCGUCCCUGGAGCCCCUGGCUUGCCUGGACCCGUUGGACAAAUGCCUGACGUAAACGCAUACUUGGCUCAACUGGCGGCUUCAGCUGGCGGUGACAAAGGACCUCCAUUCGAUCCAUACCAGUACAUGCAAGCUUCCGUCGGCACCCCGGGCGUCAGAGGCAUACCAGGACCACAAGGCCCUCCCGGCCCACAAGGUUUCCAAGGACCGAGGGGAGAGCCUGGAGAACCAGGUCUUCCUGGACAACUAGGACCACCGGGCGAAAGAGGACCCCAAGGAUUACCUGGAAAAGAUGGUUCACCAGGAGAUGACGGAGAACCCGGCCCUGCUGGUGUUAUAGGUCAAACUGGACCUCGUGGUCUCCCAGGAGUACCUGGUAUUCAAGGUUUGAAAGGACAUCGAGGUUUUGACGGCAAAGAUGGUGCUAAAGGAGAGCAAGGAUUGCCAGGAGAAAAAGGACCUACUGGCAUGCCUGGUCCUAUGGGUCCAGCUGGACCUGUGGGCCCAGUUGGUGCAAGAGGUGAAAGAGGUCGUGAAGGUCCUCCCGGUCCUCCAGGAGUACGAGGCGUUGAUGGUGCUCCGGGACCCCAAGGAUUAAUGGGCAAUGUCGGCAAACCGGGUUCACCAGGAUUCCCAGGUGCUCCAGGGCUAAAAGGUGAACAGGGUGUUUCUGGACCAAAAGGUAGUCAAGGAAUGCAAGGACCUCGAGGCGAAGCAGGUCGUCCUGGACAACCCGGUGAAGUGGGAACGCCGGGUAUACCAGGCCGUGAUGGUAUUCCUGGAGAAAAAGGUGUACAAGGGCAACCAGGGGCUUCAGGCCCACAAGGUUUCCCAGGACCUAGAGGAUUGCCUGGAGUAGCAGGAGAUGCAGGAUUACCUGGAUCAAAAGGAAUGCCGGGUCAACCUGGUGAACGAGGCCAAAAAGGAGACAGUGGAAUCAGAGGGGAACCUGGUGCACCCGGACCGCGCGGGCUACCUGGUAAUAUUGGUCCAGAGGGAAAACGAGGAAAGAGAGGACUGAGAGGACCCGCUGGCAAUGUAGGACCUCAAGGUGAAAGAGGAUUACAAGGCAUGAGGGGUCUACCUGGUGCAGACGGACCUAUGGGUGCUAAAGGUCAACCCGGUGAGAGAGGCGGUGUUGGAUUACCUGGAUCUAAGGGAAGUUCUGGCGACCCUGGCAGACCAGGACCUCAAGGCCUACAGGGACCAAGGGGAACUAUCGGAAGGCCUGGAAUGCCUGGAAAAACUGGUCCUCAAGGUGAAAGGGGCAUACCAGGAGCUGAUGGAAGGCCUGGAGAACAGGGAUCUCAGGGUAUUCAAGGUCCGCCUGGAUUAAUGGGAGGGCCUGGUGAACGAGGGUUGCAAGGUGAACCUGGUAAAGAUGGUGAGCCAGGACAAGCUGGACCUCAAGGACCGAAGGGUGAUGCGGGUCGCGACGGUGGUCCUGGAAUUCAAGGACCUCAAGGUGUCGCCGGACCUCCAGGAGAAAGAGGCCCUUCUGGACCUGCUGGACCUACUGGAUUCCCCGGUAUGCCAGGAGCAGCUGGUCUACCGGGUUCACCUGGUAAGGAAGGUGAGCCAGGCAUGGCUGGACCUUCCGGCCCACCAGGACCAUCAGGUCCUCGUGGAGAGAGAGGUUUCACUGGAGAUCGAGGACAACCAGGACAACCUGGAAGCCCGGGAGAAAAGGGAGAAACCGGCGCUCAAGGUCCUGACGGACCUCCGGGUCCCGAAGGUCUGAGAGGUAGCAAGGGUCAUCCAGGCUCUCCCGGUGCGAUGGGCUUGCCUGGACAACGUGGUCUAACUGGAGCUCCCGGAGAAAAAGGAGAAAGAGGCGCUGCUGGACCACCUGGCAAUGAUGGACAACCAGGACGACAAGGUGAGCAGGGUCCUCAGGGUCCUAUGGGUCCCGUCGGACCUGCUGGUGAACCUGCCGAGAGAGGAGAACCGGGAGCUCCUGGUAUUCCUGGAGAAUUAGGAGCCCCUGGAUCACCUGGAGAAAGAGGACAACCUGGACCUCAGGGUGCUCCUGGUUUAUCCGGCCCACCUGGUCUUACUGGAAUGCCUGGUCUGAAAGGCGAAAGAGGUUACGCUGGAGCUAAAGGUCAACAGGGGUCGCCUGGAAGCCCAGGUGUACCCGGUGAGUCUGGGCCACGUGGUCUGCCAGGUUUAGUUGGAGCCAAAGGUGCUCGCGGUGACCAUGGACCGAAAGGAGAAACAGGACAUGUUGGUUUGCCUGGAAGGCCAGGAGAUUUAGGACCACCGGGCCCACAAGGAAGUACAGGCCCCGCAGGUGCCCCCGGUAUACCCGGCGCUAAAGGAGCUACUGGUGACACUGGUCGCCCAGGACCCACCGGCCCUGUAGGUUUAGCUGGACCCCAGGGAGCUGAAGGACCAAAAGGUGAAAGAGGCAGCGAAGGCGAACCAGGCUUACAAGGUCCAACUGGUCCACCUGGAGCAGCUGGUGAGAGAGGACCUAUUGGUUUACCUGGUGUCAUUGGACCAGUUGGACCACAAGGACUGCGAGGCGCUCAGGGUGAAAGUGGGGCCCCAGGCAAACCAGGCGCAGAUGGUGCUCCUGGUACACCAGGAAAUCCAGGAUUACAAGGCCCACCAGGCCCAAUGGGUGAACCAGGUCCAGAAGGCCGUCCCGGCAAACAAGGUCAACCGGGUAUAUCGGGACGACCAGGUGAUAAGGGACCUACUGGACCUCCUGGCGCAUCAGGACCAGCUGGCCCACCAGGAUUACAAGGACCACCAGGACCGUCAGGACCUUCUGGACCAACCGGUGAACGUGGACCCAGAGGUGAAAGUGGACCACCGGGAGUUGACGGGCCUCAGGGACCCCCUGGCAAAGUCGGACCUGCUGGCCUCGAUGGCACUAAAGGAGAACGAGGAGAACCUGGUAUUGAUGGAGCUAAGGGACACGCUGGCUUGCCAGGUCUACCUGGAAUGGUUGGUGCUCCUGGAAGAACUGGAGAACGUGGUCUACCUGGACCAAUGGGACCUCCAGGAAAAGAUGGAGAAGUUGGACCACGAGGCACUCCUGGCCGUGAUGGAAGCCCUGGUCUGCAAGGACCACAAGGAUUACCUGGUGGCCGUGGACCACAAGGAGAAGCCGGUAGACAUGGAGCACCUGGACCAGCUGGUCCACCGGGUCCUCCUGGCCCACCUGGGGAGGGAUUGGCUUAUGAUGCUGCUGCUAUCGCUGCUAUGUUACAACAAGGUUCAGUGAAAGGUCCCGAUCCAUUAGGGGAUGACCCCAACUCUCUACCUCCUCGCUUCUUCAAGGAAGACAUGACACCAGCUGAACGUAAAGAAGUUGUGAUGAAAGCUUAUGAAAGACUGAAGGUGUCGCUCGACAAAUUCCUUAAACCUGAUGGCUCCAAGGAAGCACCAGCCAAAACUUGUGGCGAUAUUAAAUACCACCACCCUGAGUUUGAAAGCGGCCAAUAUUGGAUCGAUCCUAAUGGAGGUGACAUAAACGAUGCUAUUGUGGUGCACUGUGAGAUGGAAACUGGCAGUAGCUGCGUGUUCCCGAAACCGAUGCAGUCCCAGGACAUCACGUACGAUGGCAAGGAACACGAGCCAUGGCUGAGCGAAAUAGAUGAAGGAUUCACGAUUACCUACAAGGCCGACCACACACAACUGACGUAUCUACAGCUGAUGUCCACGAAAGCUGUACAGAAUGUAACCUUCCACUGUCGCAACACCAUCGGUUAUUACGACCCCACAGCCAACAACUACCGCCGCGGCAUCAAACUAUUGGCUUACAACGACGCUGAGAUCCUGCCCAAGGCUAACAACCGUUUGAGAUAUAAGGCCGUCUUGGAUGAGUGCCAACACAAGAGCUCAAACUGGGCGCGCACUAUCGUUGAGUACCAAACUGACAAGCCAGCUCGUCUCCCACUCUUGGAUGUAGCUGUUCGAGACGUCGGCAGACCACAACAGAUGUUCAGGGUCGAACUCGGAUUAGCUUGCUUCAGCUAA